GCUCCGGGCCGGGCGGUUCCGAGUUGGCGGGCAUGGCGGGGACCGUGGUGCUGGACGACGUGGAGAUGCGGGAGGCGCAGAGAGACUACCUGGACUUCCUGGACGACGAGGAAGAUCAGGGGAUUUAUCAGAGCAAAGUUCGGGAGCUGAUAAGUGACAACCUCUACCGGCUGAUUGUCAAUGUGAACGACCUGCGGAGGAAGAACGAGAAGAGAGCGAACCGCCUCCUGAACAAUGCUUUUGAGGAGCUGGUUGCCUUCCAGAAGGCCUUGAAGGAUUUUGUGGCCUCCAUCGAUGCUACUUACGCCAAGCAGUACGAGGAGUUCUACAUAGGCUUGGAGGGCAGCUUUGGCGCCAAACACGUCUCUCCCCGGACCCUCACCUCUUGCUUCUUGAGCUGUGUGGUCUGUGUGGAGGGCAUCGUCACUAAAUGUUCUCUGGUUCGUCCCAAAGUGGUCCGCAGUGUCCACUACUGUCCUGCUACCAAGAAGACCAUAGAGCGACGUUACUCCGAUCUCACCACCUUGGUGGCCUUCCCGUCCAGCUCUGUGUAUCCUACCAAGGAUGAGGAAAACAACCCCCUGGAGACAGAGUAUGGCCUCUCUGUCUACAAGGACCACCAGACCAUCACCAUCCAGGAGAUGCCCGAGAAGGCCCCCGCCGGCCAGCUGCCCCGUUCGGUGGAUGUCAUUCUGGAUGAUGACCUAGUGGAUAAAGUGAAGCCUGGAGACCGAGUCCAGGUGGUGGGGACCUAUCGCUGUCUUCCUGGGAAGAAAGGCGGCUACACCUCAGGGACUUUCAGGACCGUCCUGAUUGCCUGUAACGUGAAGCAGAUGAGCAAGGACCUUCAGCCUUCCUUCUCUGCUGAGGACAUAGCCAAGAUCAAGAAGUUCAGCAAGACCCGUUCUAAGGAUAUCUUUGACCAGCUGGCCCGGUCAUUGGCUCCCAGCAUCCAUGGGCAUGAGUAUGUCAAGAAGGCGAUUCUCUGCUUGCUCUUGGGAGGGGUGGAACGGGAUCUUGAAAACGGCAGCCACAUCCGUGGGGACAUCAAUAUUCUUCUGAUAGGAGACCCGUCUGUCGCCAAGUCUCAGCUGCUGCGGUACGUGCUGUGCACGGCACCCCGGGCUAUCCCCACCACUGGCCGGGGCUCCUCUGGAGUGGGCCUGACGGCAGCCGUCACCACCGACCAGGAGACAGGGGAGCGCCGGCUGGAAGCAGGGGCCAUGGUCCUGGCCGACCGAGGGGUGGUCUGCAUCGAUGAGUUCGAUAAGAUGUCCGACAUGGACCGCACGGCCAUCCACGAAGUGAUGGAGCAAGGGCGCGUCACCAUCGCCAAGGCUGGCAUCCAUGCCCGGCUGAAUGCCCGCUGCAGUGUCUUGGCCGCUGCCAACCCCGUCUACGGCAGGUACGACCAGUACAAAACCCCUAUGGAGAACAUCGCCCUGCAGGACUCCCUAUUGUCCCGAUUCGACUUGCUGUUCAUCAUGCUGGACCAGAUGGAUCCGGAGCAGGACCGGGAGAUCUCCGACCACGUCCUUAGGAUGCACCGAUACAGAGCCCCCGGCGAGCAGGACGGCGAUGCUAUGCCUCUGGGGAGUGCCGUGGAAAUCCUGGCCACAGAGGAUCCCAACUUUGACCCAGAAGACCAGCAGGACACGCAGAUUUAUGAGAAGCACGACAACCUUCUGCACGGGACCAAGAGGAAAAAGGAGAAGAUGGUGAGUGCGGCUUUCAUGAGGAAGUACAUCCACGUGGCGAAGAUCAUCAAGCCCGUCCUGACGCAGGAGUCGGCGUCCUACAUCGCGGAGGAGUACUCACGCCUGCGCAGUCAGGACAGCAUGAGUUCUGACACCGCCCGGACCUCCCCAGUCACCGCUCGGACACUGGAAACCCUGAUUCGCUUGUCCACUGCCCACGCCAAGGCCCGUAUGAGCAAGACUGUGGAUCUGCAGGACGCAGAGGAAGCGGUCGAGCUGGUCCAGUACGCUUACUUCAAGAAGGUCCUCGAGAAGGAGAAGAAACGUAAGAAGCGAGACGAGGAUGAGUCGGACGUCGAAGAUGAAGAAGAGGGUAACCAGGAGGUCCAGGAGCAGAAGACAAAGAGGAGGAGGACUCGUCGCUCAGAGGCCAAGGAUGGGGAGUCCUAUGACCCCUAUGACUUCAGCGACACAGAAAAAGAAAUGCCUCAAGUGCACACUCCGAAGACAGCCGACUCGCAGGAGACCAAGGACUCACAGGAGACGGAGGACUCGCAGGCGACCAAGGAGGCAGAGUCCCAGCGAGUGGAACUGAGUGAACCCAGGUUGAAGGCCUUCAAGGCGGCCCUCCUAGAGGUGUUCCGGGAAGUGCACGCACAGUCGGUGGGUCUGACCCGCCUCACGGAAUCCGUCAACCGGGACAGAGGGGAGCCCUUCUCUGCCGAGGAGAUCCAGGCUGCCCUCAGCAAGAUGCAGGAUGACAACCAGGUCAUGGUGUCCGAGGGCAUCGUCUUCCUCAUCUGACGACGCCUCAUCGCUGAACUCUGGGGUUCCGCCAAGAAAGCGCCUCCCACGUUUCCUAUCCCUGCUUCC